AUGAUUUGAUGGUUUUUCCUUUAAUUCCAAGGCUCUACGUUUGCCAAAGCCAAGCCCGAAAUCCCCUGGACAUCACUAACUCGGAAGGGAAUUGUGAGAGUUGUGUUUUUUCCAUUGUUCAGCCAGUGGUGGAUCCAGGUCACUUCCCAGAGGAUUUUUAUGUGGCUCCUGGUGCUCUACGUUAUGCAAGUUGUAGCUGUGGUGCUGUAUUUCCUGGUGCCUGUGGUGAACCCCAGCGAGGUGCUGGGCCCCCUGUGCCUGAUGCUGCUGAUGGGCACCGUGCACUGCCAGAUCGUGUCCACCCAGGCCCCCCGGCCCGCGGGCAACGGGCUGGGCCGGCGCAGGAGGAAGCUACGCAAAUCUGUGGGUGUUGAUGGGAGCAGUUGGUCUUCUCCUGACAAAACCAGCCAAGAGGAGCAGUCUGAACCCGCAUCCAUCCUGAACACCGUGUUCAGCGCGCUGUUCCGGAGGAGAGUUAGAAGAGUGAAGUUGGUGGCUGAGAAAGGGACUGAGACAGAGGCUGGUGUGAGUGCUGUGGGUGCUGCCUUUGCACACAGACACACCAGAUCUGAACACAGGCUGUUGCACUUCAAAGAGAAAAGUAAACUUUCCGAUGGGGAAAAGAGCCAUCAGGGGGGCUGCUCCACCAGGGGGGCUGUUUCUGAGGAGCUCUCCAGUGAGGAGGACACUGAAGCGAUGGCCCAACGGGUCUUGUUGCGCCAGAACGUUGAAGGGGCUUCCAGUGACAACAGCUAUGAGGAGAAGAGGAGGAGGCCUCUUGUUUCUCUGAACCAGGCUGUCUCACAGGUCAAGCAAACCCUGAAAGGCGCCAGAGACUCUGACAGUGUUGUGGAAUCUGAGCUGGAAUCCACACUGUAUAGUCAGGACUCGAGGUCCUGCAUCAGCGGGGGAUCCCGGAGCUGCAGCGUGACCCGGAGGGACUCGGAGAGCACCCGGCAGGACUCGGAGACCGAGGACAUGCUGUGGGAUGACCUGCUGCACGGCCCCGAGUGCCGCUCCUCGGGCACCAGCGACAGCGAGGAGAUGAGCGCCAGGGCCGCCCGGCGCGACCCCAGCGAGGACGUGUUCCAGCAGAACCAUUUGUUUUGGCUGCAGAACACAAGUCCAGCAUCUGCAAAAGUGAGUGCACUGAUCUGGGAAGGGAAUGACUGUAAGAAGGUGGACAUGUCUGUGCUGGAGAUCAGUGGGAUUAUCAUGAGCAGGGUUAAUGCCCACCAGCAAGGAGUGGGGUACCAGAUGCUGGGGAACCUCCUCACCAUCGGGCUGGCGUUCCUGCCGUUCCUCUACAGACUCGUCCGCACGGAUCACCCGGAGCAGCUGUGCUCCAUUUCCCUGAAGGAGCUUUUGCACAUCUUCUGUGGGGCACCUGCCAGCACCCCUGUUGUUGUUCUCUCUGCCAUCAACUUCCUUGAAAGACUUUGCUUAACCUGGAUGUUUUUCUUCAUGAUGUGUGUUGCUGAGAAAACCUACAAGCAGAGGUUUUUGUUUGCCAAGCUUUUUAGUCACAUCACAUCAGCUCGGAAAGCCAGGAAAUACGAAAUUCCUCACUUCAGACUCAAGAAGGUAGAAAAUAUUAAGAUCUGGUUAUCCCUGCGUUCAUACCUAAAGCGACGAGGCCCCCAGCGAUCCGUGGACGUGGUCGUGUCCUCCAUCUUCCUACUGGCUCUUUCAAUUGCUUUUAUAUGCUGUGCCCAGGUUCUUAAGGGUCACAAAACAUUUCUGAAUGCAGCCUACAACUGGGAGUUCCUCAUCUGGGAGGCAGCACUUCUUCUCUUCUUACUACGUCUGGCAUCUUUGGGCUCUGAAACCAACAAGAAAUACAGUAAUAUUUCAGUCUUGCUCACUGAGCAGAUCAACUUAUACCUCAAGAUGGAGAAGAAGCCAAACAAGAAGGAGCAGCUGUCUCUAGUGAACAAUGUUCUGAAGUUAUCUACAAAGCUGCUGAAGGAAUUAGAUACUCCAUUUAGGCUGUAUGGGCUGACCAUGAAUCCAUUAAUCUACAAUAUAACACGUGUUGUGAUACUCUCUGCUGUCUCAGGUGUUAUCAGUGAUCUUCUAGGCUUCAAUAUCAGAUUAUGGAAAAUUAAACCAUGACCUGAC